AUGGACCCAAUCAUGCACCAACCACAAAUUGCCACGAUCAUGGCAGAACUCGAUGCUUUUGAAUUGCCAACCGAACUUAGAACCCUUAACCACACCCGGGAAGCCCAAAAAUUAGCUCGUUUCUCUCGGGGUGUCAUGGAGGAGGCGCUCAACGACCUGAAAACUCAGAAACAAUCGAUUCGAGCUCGUCAAAACCUGGGUCGAAUUAGUCCACAGGGAACUUACAUCAGUGUCGGUGACCCAAACCAUAUUGAAGAUACUAACGAGGCAUUGCUAGUGAGCUCCAGAUUCGAAAAGCUCUACCACAUCGCCUAUAUCCAUGAAGAAGCGCAGCAAUAUUUGGAUCCGCGCACUUUAUUCUCGAAUAAAGUUAUCAUUGAGUCUUUUGUAGAAGAAUGGCCGCUAUGUCUGGGUUCUCAUAACAAUCAAACAAUCCACACCGAUCGCGCGCCACUGUUUCAUGAGAACCAUCCUCAUCCGGCCAAACGAAUAGAAAAACUACUGGAUUCUGAUAUUGUAAUGGUUUCAAGGUUCCUGGCUCUUGGAAAACUCCAUGGUGGCCCGGAAGGCCGGAGGAUAUACCAAAUAGAAUUUCACUAUCAGAUCCGCCGAACAGAUGACCCCGAUACGCACAUUGGUCAUAUCUACCCUAAACAUGAAAAAUACGCCACCGUCACCUAUUUGCCAGAAGACAGGCCCAGAACCGAUAAAAAUGCGAUUCGCACCACCGUCCUCGCAGCGAUAGCCGAGGAUGGUCCUACGAAUCGCAUCGAAGCUGGAAUUAUGGGAAAAUUUCCAAAGUUGAGAGUCCACGUGCCAGACGAUAACGAUCGUGGCAGCAAUUACUCGGUUAUCACGACGGAAUAUGCGAUACAAUUCAAAGAUCGCAAAGACCAGCGCUUGCCGGGAUUCAUCAUAAUGAAAAGCCAAACGCCUUUGCAUCUUAAAUUUUGUACGAUGGUCGAUAAUAGCACGACGCAUCGAGUGAUUGGACACGAGCAAUCGCAUCCUUUCCUUGUCCAGACUAAUAAUGCAAAACAGUUCAAUCAGCAAUAUCUAAAAGUUAUUGGAAGCUAUGAUCAUCUGAAAAAUAGGAGGACACCCCAAAGUACGAUUAAUGUGCUGGAGAUUAUGCCGGGAGGCUUUUCGUUAAUCGAAUGGCUGAUCAACGUAAGUGAAGCAAUCGACAAUUCAACUGGGAAGCUGGGACGGGACCGUACCCAUCCGACAGUCCAAUACUUUCCGGUCACGGAUCUCUUUAAUGAGAGGCAAGACAUGAGAGAAUACAGUGUUCGUAACCGUGGCCAUCGAGCGCUGAUGCUCAGCUUCGAUGGAAAGACCAACAACCAUCUCUACAUAUCCUAUUCGGCGCUUGGCAAUGAGUAUCCAUCGUGCUCUGGCAGCAUAUCUAUCGAGACAAUUGGUGGACACCGAAAAAUGGAACUGGACCCGAAUGGGAGGAUUCAAGCGGUCGAAGGGCUACGCGCCUUUUUCCUUCUGGGAUACCCAGCCUGUUUUCAUUACAUUAUCAAGGCGGAACAUAAAUUAUCUUCCAAGAAUAUCUAUUCCACUGGGAAUAGGCCGGAAGAGCAGGGUGUCAUGAAAGGUCGGCCUAAAUUCUGGAUGGAAUCCGGUGACAUUGAUCCUGCCCAUGGCCCCUUCGCGUAUCAAAUGCAUGAUAACAUGCCUGAGGCACCGCCACCUAUGACCGAAAUAGAUGUGACAAUUGAACUUCGAGACUUACAACUGGCCGAUGAUACGAUCGGAGAAGCAGGAAAUCCAAGAAGGAAUGUCAGGCAGGCUUCUGAGAUUGAGUCGAGGGUCGGAGAACGGCGAUUUAUAGUGGAAGCUGAUCAGGGGUCGGAGAUGGAAGCGUCUUCAUCGCAACGGCCCAGAAACGAAGUACUACCUCAAUUCCGAGCCCCACAACCGUUACAACAUUUUGCCCAGGUU